AUGAUGAGAUUUUUCCUAGUUGUGAAUAUCUUGGCAUUAACCCUGCCUUUUUUGGGUGCAGAGGUGCAAAACCAGGAACGACCAACAGGCUGCGAGAAUAACGAAAGAUCGUUCAAUCAAAACGCAGUCAAAUUUAUUCCAAUUCAUUAUGCACUGAAUAACUAUCUUCAUUCUGAACCCAAUUACUACCAGUAUAGACUAGCUUCACUAAUUAAUAACCAAUAUAUGUCUUACCCAUAUUAUGCAAAAUCAGUUACAGUUAGGCCACAUGCCCAAAUUUCUCAGUGGCAAGUCUUGCCAAAUAUUUACUCAUCCAUUGUGGCACGUCACCAAUACCUACAUCCAUCGCUUAUUGCCGUUCCCUCAAAGAAAAUUCAGGAUAAAACAGUCAUCCCUAGCAUCAAUACCAUUGCCACUGUUAAGCCUACACUUAUUCCUACCCCUGAACCAACAGUGAGCUCUGUAGUUAUUCCAGAAGCUUCCUCAGAUUUUGUCGUAAGCACACCUGAGACUACUACUGUCACAAUUACUUCAUCAACAGUCUAA